AUGAAGGCAAUUAAAGGGUGGCUUCUAGGCAGAACAAGCUAUAUGCAGUCUUUGCCUGGUGCUCGUCACCGUACUCCUUCAAAGAAACGAGUAUGGAUCAUCGCAGUGGUUUCUCUGAUAACAAUGUUUGUAAUUGGUGCUUACAUGUUCCCUCAUCACCGCAAAGCUGCUUGUUAUAUGCUUUCAUCUAACGGAUGCAAGGCGCUUACUGAUUGGCUUCCACCCUCACCGAGGGAGUUUUCUGAUGACGAGAUUGCAGCUCGUGUAGUGAUUAGUGAAAUGUUGAGCUCCCCUCGUGUCAUUAAAAAGACUUCGAAGAUUGCCUUUAUGUUCUUAACACCUGGUACUUUGCCAUUGGAAAAGCUAUGGGACCUCUUUUUCGAGGGUCAUGAGGGGAAAUUCUCAGUGUAUAUACAUGCAUCAAAGGAUACGCCGGUUCACACCAGUCGCUACUUUCUUAACCGUGAAAUUCGAAGUGAUGAGGUGGUGUGGGGUAGAAUAUCAAUGAUUGACGCAGAGAGACGUUUGUUGACCAAUGCUCUUAGAGAUCCUGAAAAUCAGCAAUUUGUUUUACUCUCUGAUAGUUGUGUGCCACUUCGAAGUUUUGAAUACAUGUACAAUUAUAUGAUGUACAGCAAUGUCAGCUAUGUUGACUGCUUUGACGAUCCUGGUCCACAUGGAACUGGCAGGCAUAUGGAUCACAUGUUGCCGGAAAUUCCAAAGGAAGAUUUUCGAAAGGGUGCACAGUGGUUCUCAAUGAAGCGUCAGCAUGCUGUAAUAACUGUGGCAGACAGUGUUUACUACUCAAAAUUCCGGGACUACUGUCGGCCAGGCGUAGAGAAGAACAAGAACUGCAUAGCGGAUGAACACUACUUGCCAACAUUCUUCCAUAUGCUUGAUCCUGGUGGCAUUGCUAACUGGACUGUAACAUAUGUUGAUUGGUCUGAGAAAAAGUGGCAUCCAAGAACAUACAUGCCCAACGAUGUCACGCACGAGUUACUGAAGAACCUCACGUCCAUUGACGCGGUUUCACGGGUAACAAGUGAGGGAACGGGUGAAGUAACAUGGACACCAUGCAUGUGGAACGGAAUCAAAAGACCUUGCUAUCUCUUUGGAAGGAAAUUUCAUGCAACUACCCUCCAUAAACUGAUCGACCUCUUUUCAAACUACACAAGCAUGGCAUAG